GCUUCUUGCUUGUUGUUUGCCCUUUUUACUUGUCUAAAUUAUUCUCUUUCUCUGCCUUUAGCCUCAUUUGACUACCUGGUGUGUCUACACUUUCAGGCUUCUUCUGUGAAAUGCUUUUGCAGAGCUCAUUUUGCUUCUCACUUGUUUGCUCUUUUUGAAGUAUUUGGAUUAUUCUCUUUGAUUUGACUUUCGUUUCCCUCGUUUGUUUUUGCACCAUGACUGUGGGGGAGGCUUUUCUCUCCGCUUUCCUGCAAGUGCUUUUUGACAGAUUGGCUUCUCGCGAGUUUGUGGAAUUAUUUCGCGGCAGAAAAUACGAUGACUUGCUGGAAAAGUUGAAGAUCACACUGCUGAGUGUUACUGCAUUGCUUCAUGAUGCUGAGGGGAAGCAGUUUUAUUAUCCUGCUGUGAGAAAAUGGCUGCAUAUGGCUAAAGGUGCCCUUUAUGAUGCAGAGGAUAUAUUGGACAAGCUGGCCACUGUAGCUUUAACAUCCAAGCUGGAAUCUGAAUCAAAAACUGAGGCAAAUCAGGUAGCCAAUUGGCGACUCAUUUCGAGCCCUCUUAGUCCUUUUAGUAGAGGCGUCGAUUUCGAAAUAAAUAAGAUAAUUGAGAAGCUGGAACUUGUUGCUAAAUAUAAAGAUGUUCUAGGUUUGAAUGAUGAUGUUAAAGGGAGAUUAUCUGGAAGCAAACAAAGAUUACCCACAACUUCUCUAGUUGAUGAAUCUUGUGUAUAUGGUAGGGAUAAAGAUAAAAACAUUAUUAUUGAAUCGCUGUUAAUCGAUGACUCAGGUAAUCGUAAAGUUUGUGUAGUUCCUGUAGUUGGCAUGGGCGGCAUUGGUAAGACUACCCUUGCUCAACUCGUGUAUAAUGACAGCAGAGUGGAGAAGCAUUUUGAUUUGAGAGUUUGGGUUUUUGUUUCUGAUCAAUUCGAUGUAACAAGGGUGAUAAAAACAAUUCUCACUUCUGUCACUUCAAAAUCUGUUGAUUUUGAUGAUUUGAAUCUGCUGCAAGUUAGUUUGAGGGAGAAAUUGGCAGGAAAGAGAUUUUUGCUUGUUCUAGAUGAUGUUUGGAGUAGGAGAAAUAAUGAUUGGGAUCUCAUAUGGAAUCCAUUGAAAACAGGGGCAACAGGAAGUAAAAUUAUUGUAACUACUCGAGAUAGCAAUAUUGCAGCAAGUAUAGGCACAGUUCCAGCUCAUCCGUUGGAAUUUUUAUCAUUUGAAGAUUGUCUGUCUGUUUUCAUGGACCAUGCAUUUGAGAAUCAAAACUUUAAUUCAAUGCCAGAUCUGGUGGCUAUUGGAAAUGAGAUUGUGAACAAGUGUGAAGGUCUACCCCUGGCGGCGAAGAUACUGGGAGUUCUUCUGCACUCUAGACAGAAAGGGGAAUGGUAUGAUGCAUCAAAUUGGAAUAUAUGGGAUCUACCAGAUGAUGAAGGUGAUAUUCUUCGGACUAUAGGAUUAAGCUACCAUCAUCUUCCUCCUCACUUAAAGCAGUGUUUUGCAUACUGUUCGAUUUUUCCAUCAGAUUAUGAAUUUGACAAGGAGUCACUGGUUCUUUUAUGGAUGGCAGAAGGUUUUCUGCAGCAACCAACAGGUGAGAAGAAGUUGGAAGAAGUAGGUGGAGAAUAUUUUGAUGAGCUAGUCUCAAGGUCAUUUUUUCAACAAUCUGUUCACAACAGUUCACUUUAUGUAAUGCAUGGCCUCAUGAAAGAAUUAGCUCAAUUUGUUUCUGGAGAUUAUUGCUUCAGAUUGGAGGACAAGGUGAUGAAUGGUUACCGAAACAGAAUUUUUGACAAGGCUCGACAUUCAUCAUAUAAUCGUAGUAGACGGGAAAUGCUCAGAAAAUUUGAUGCCUUCUAUGGAGUUGAGUGCUUACGCACUUUUCUGCCAUUGGACCCAACAGGAGAAAUUGGAGCAAGCUUUUUGGCUAAUCAAAUUCCCCAUAUUCUCUUGCCAAAGCUAAAAUACCUGAGAGUGCUGUCUUUCAGUGCCUGCCGCAUCACUGAACUGCCAAAUUCAGUUGGCAAAUUGAAGCAUCUUCGCUACUUAGAUCUUUCUCGCUCGGCAAUCAAAACUUUGCCUGGCUCAAUAGGAUCUCUUUAUAAUUUACAAACUUUAAUCUUAGUAGAAUGCUAUUCUCUGAGUAAGUUGCCCUCAGAGAUAGGAAACUUAACAAACCUUCGACAUCUCCUGAUUAGUGGAAGCAGGUUAAUAGAGAUGCCUCCGCGAAUGUGUAGAUUGACAAAUCUUCAAACGUUGUCUCAUUUCGUUGUGGGUAAAGAAAGUGGAUCUGGAAUUGGAGACCUGAAGGACAUUCAUCAACUUCAGGGAACACUUCUUAUUUCAGGACUGCAAAAUGUGGUUGGUUUCACUGAUGCAAUAGAGGCAAAUUUAAAGGACAAGAAGGAUUUGACUCAGUUGACGUUACAAUGGAGUAACGAUUUUGAAGAUACAGUGAAAGACACAGAUGAAGAGGAAGUAUUUAAAACCCGCCAACAUCACAGAAACCGAAAGGAUCUUGCCAUGAGCAGCUAUAAAGUUCCACGAUUUCCAAGCUUCAGAGAAACCCUGGAAGCUUAUAGGCAGGAAUCUGUUGAAUUGCAGUUGGAUAGUAGUAGUGAUUUGGAUGAUUCAAGGAAUGAAAGAAUUGAAACAGAUGUACUUGACAUGCUGCAGCCACACAAAAACAUAGAAAAACUCGUUAUCAAGGACUACGGAGGUACAAGAUUUCCCAGUUGGAUUGGAUCCCCAUUAUUCUUCAAUCUGGGAUUCUUGCAACUUAGUAACUGUCCAAAGUGUCAGUUUUUACCACCAUUGGGACAAUUACCAUCACUUAAAGACCUUACCAUUGAAGGAAUGAGAGGAAUUAAAAUGGUGGGUACAGAAUUCUAUGGUGAUGGUUGCUCUUUUGUUCUACCUUUUCCAUCAUUGGAGACUUUAAAAUUUGAGAACUUGUCAGCCUGGGAGGAGUGGUCUUCUAGUGGACUUGAAGGCAUGGAUGACUUUCCUCAACUUCAAAGUAUUGAAAUUCGAAAUUGUCCUAAGCUGAGAAAAUUCCAGCAACACUUUCCUACCUUGAAGAAAAUGACUAUCAGUGGUUGUGAAAAACUGGAAGCUCUUCCAAGCCAUCAGACACUUGACAGCUCAAACAAAUGCAGAGAUUUCUCUUGCCUCCUCGAACUUUCUAUUUGGUCGUGCCCAAAUUUGAUGGAGUUACCAACUUGCUUUCCUUCCUUGAUAAUACUUCAGAUAGAUGGAUGCCAAAAAUUAAGAACACUUCCAAAGCUUCCUUCAAUUUCUGAACUAGAAUUGACCAACUGUGAUGACAAGGUGGUAGAGGGCAUUAUUGGACAGUCUUCACUUACCUACAUUCGUAUACGUCAAAUUCACAAUCUAAGAUUUCUGGUUGAAGAAUUUUUUCAAGACUUAACAGCUCUUAAAGAAUUACAGAUCUCUCAGCUAGGUCAGCUCACAACUUUAUCAAAUAAUAUUGGAUUGCAAAGCCUUCUUUCUCUCCAACUACUAGAAAUUUCAGGAUGUCCAUACUUGAAGGAGUUGCCAGAUAACUUGUACAAACUUACAUCUCUUAAAGUGUUGAGGAUUUGGAGUUGUCCUUCACUCGUGUCAUUAACGGGGUUGCCCUCCACGCUUUUGGGUCUUGAAAUCAAAACCUGUGGGGCCUUGCAGUUUUUACCGGAAGGGAUGAUACAUGAAUCCUGCAGAAGCAAGAAUCCCUUCUCACUUGAAUAUUUGUUUAUUGAAGAGUGUGCUUCUCUUAUAUCUCUACCAAGAGAUGAGCUCUCUGGGUCACUUAAAGAACUUGAAAUUCAAAACUGCUGGAACUUGGAGUCCCUUCCGGAGGAGAUGAUUUGCAACAGUAGUUUGCUUGAAAUCUUGAAAAUUUCUGGGUGUCAUUCUAUCAAAUCCUUCCCAAAAGCUACUUUUCAGUUGCCCAAUGCCCCAUCUAACAUUGUCAUGAAACUUAAGGAGCUUAUUAUCAGCAAUUGUAUGAACCUUGAGUCAUUACCUGAAGGACUGCACAACCUUACAUUACUUGAUUACUUGGAAAUAUCUGACUGCCCUCGUCUCCAGUCUUUUUCCAAACCUGGCUUGCCUGCCUCAAUGAUCCGGUCAAUUAGAAUCUCUAAUUGCCAGAAUCUUAGGUUUCUGCCAAAUCGGAUGUAUAGCCUUACAUGUCUUGAAGAACUAUGCAUUAAUAGUUGCUCCAGUCUUGUGUCAUUUCCAGAGGGCGGGCUUCCUGCCAAUCUUAUAUCACUUUCAAUCCUGGAUUGCAAAAAUCUCAAGCCUUCAUCACAAUGGGGCCUUCACAAACUCACUUGUCUCACCGAAUUCUCCUUUGGUGGAUGUCAGGAGUUAGUAUCAUUUCCAGAAGGCUGGUUGUUGCCUGCCAAUCUGUCCUCGCUUCAUCUUGAGCACCUGCCAAAUCUUAAAUCCCUACCCAAGGGACUUAAGAACCUUCAAAAUCUUGAAUCUCUGGAAACAUGGAAUUGCGACAGCCUCCGAACUGCGCCAGAAGAAGAACUGACUACAGUGCUUCUGAGUCUUUGGGAUGUUUUUUGACAUACAGAUAACAUUUUUGUCUACUCCUAUGUAAACAUAGUGAAGUCUUUUCCUAUGGGACAGUGAUAUUGGCUGGAAUGUCCGCUUGAAAGAUGUUUCCAAAACCCAACUGCUCUUGAAGAAUAAUUCUCUUUUCUGGGGAAGCUCACAACUUUAUCAAAUGACAUUGGAUUUCAGAACCUCUGUUCUCUCUGACUGCUCGAAAUCACAGGGUGUACUUAAGGAGUUGCCGCAGAAUUUGGAAUUGCCCUUCACUUUCUCAUUUCCUGAAGUAGGCCUUCCCUUCUCUCUUAUGGGUCUUGAAAUCAGAAGUUCUGAGUUUCUGGUUGAAAUGAUGAUUCUCAAACUUCACAAGAGCAAAACUACCUUGUUACUUGAGCAUUUGGCCACUGAAGGAUGUUCUUCUGUCAAAUCUUUAUCAAGAGACCUGCUGUCUGGAACUCUUGAAGGACUUGAAAUCCUAUCUUGCAGUCCAUUUCAGAGUAUACGAUUCAUCAUAGUAGUUCUCUUGAAAUCUUGAAAGUGACUGAUUGUGAUUCUGUUAAAAAGCUUCCCUGAAUCUAUUUUUCAGUUGCCCACUAUAGUAUCCCGAAAUUGCUAUCAGUGUUUGCAGGAACCUGGAGUCCUUGCCCCAAGGCCUACAUAACCUUGCGUCUCUUCAUCAGUUGGAAAUAGCAGAUUGUUCACUUCUUUUACGAUUUCCAGGACCAGGCUCUCACCUAUAUGCUAAAAACAAGUAGAAUAUUGAAUUGCCAAAACCUCAAGUUUCAAUCAAAUUGCAUUUAUAGCCUUCCAUCUCUUCAA